AUGUUCUUACGUACACAAACACGUCUUUUCCAUGCUACAGCCAAGAAGAUGGAUUUCUCCAAGAUGUCCAUCGUUGGACGUAUCGGUAGUGAAUUUACAGAAUAUACAAGUGCCAAAGAUCGCAAAUAUUUGAAAUAUAGUAUUGCUUCCCAACCAAGAAGAGAUGGACCAACUAAUUGGUAUAAUGUCACUGUUUUUAAUGAACCACAAAUGAAUUUCUUGACUCAAUAUGUGAGAAAGGGUGCUUUGGUUUAUGUUGAAGCUGAUGCAGCAAAUUAUAUUUUUGAAAGAGAAGAUGGUUCCAAAGGUACCACUUUAAGUUUAGUUCAAAAGGAUAUCAACUUAUUGAGAAACGGUAAGCCAGAAGAAUCCGUAGCAACUGAAACUGAAGAAGGAUCCGCUUGA